AACUCAUAUGCAGUUCAUUUAAAAGGCUAAGUGUGCUCCCUUACAAUAAUUUAAAUGUUAAAGUUUUCGAAUAGUAAGUUUUAUCAAGGUCAUCAAACUAUAUUAUAUUGUUGUCAGCUGCAGAUCGCGCAAUUUCUGAUUAAUCAUUCAAUGAUUCCAAAGAGCAUCGAAGAUUCUAAAAUUAAAUCACGAGAAGAGUGCACAUUUUUAUUCGUUAUCUCUGUAGUAUUAUAUAUGAUACUCAUCGUGAGAGUAUAUAUCAUAUUUCCGCGACACGAAUCCAUUCACAGUCGGCAAAGCUUCUUACUCAUUGUCAUCACGAUGGGGAGCAAACGCUAUAGUGACAGCAUAGUGCAUCACGUUUUGCAAGAGAUGACCAGCGAGGAUAAGAAAUAUGCGGCGGCAUAUUUGAACGAGACUGAUGAAAUUAGAGAGAAAGCCAUCGCGGAAAUUAGACGCUGGAUUGAGGACCAAUUGCGUAUACAAAUAGAUGAUUUCCUUAUCCUGCGAUUCUUGAGAGUCUGCAAAUUUAAUCUCGAGAAAACUAAGAUUAGGAUGCAAAAUUAUUAUAAGCAGCGAUCCAACUUACCGGAAUGGUAUAUUAUUAAGGAUCUGUUUCAACCAAAACUACAGGAAUUGAUUGAUAUGGGGUUGAUCUUACCUCUGCAGAAACCGGAUAGUCAAGGAAGAUUGGUUUUCAUUGUACGCUGUACUCGAUUUGAUCCGACAACACAUGAACUAUCGGAUUUUAUUAAGAUCGGUGUAAUGUUAGCAGAACUAACAAUGAAGAAUAACACUACUGCAUCUGUGUAUGGUUGCGCAAUAUACGUUGACGUGGUCAAUCCAACAGUACGGCACAUAGCUCUAUGCCAACCUCAUAUAUUUAUGAAUGUAGUACACGCGUGGCAGAGUUGCUAUCCUAUAAGGGUACAAUCGAUAAACUUUAUCAACACGCCGACAUUUGUCGACCAUAUUGUCAGGCUUAUGAAAUCUUUUAUGACAGAGAAGAUGAAGAACAGAUUUCACGUUUACUCACACAUGUCACUGAGCUGUUUUAAGGAUGUUCCAGCAGAUAUCUUGCCAAUCGAAUAUGGCGGUGCUGAUGGUACAAUUCAGGAAUUAACUGAUUAUUGGAAGAAAUUAGUCGAAGAGAAUCACGACUGGAUUAUGAAUGAUGAGCAUGACAAAAUCGAAUAUAGUACAUACCUGUAACAUUUUAAAGCAGUGAAUUUAGAAUCAGUAACAAAUGUUUGUUUGUAAGACAUGGUUGGAUGUAUUUAUUAUAACAUAUUACCGUAAUAUUAGUCGAAUUUUGUUUGUUUUAUGAAUUUUGGAGGAAUAAAUCAUCUUCCUUUCUC